AUGAUACCUACGCCUAAGCGCCGACUUGAUACCAGCGAGAUCUCUAUAUCAGCACCAAAGCGGCUCGUACAAAACGCUUCGCCGAUCCCCAAAGGUGUCCAGCCUAAAGAAUCUAUGGUGGAUAGUCUUCGUAUAACCCUUAAAGCGCUUGGUCUUCCGGAGAGUAUUGCAGCACCAAACGAUACCGAGUGGAGCAGUAUUCCUAUCGGAAUCCUUCAGACCACAGAGGUUAAAGAAGACAUCCAGGGAUUCAUUCGAGAAUUCAGAGCCAAACUGGCCAAAGUCAGCAGUCGACCCUACGGCAUUUGUCUACGAUAA